GCUGCUGUGGGAGUAAGUAGUUUGGUGGGACACGGAGUGCACAUCGGAUUGGUUGUGGUUUCCGAUCUCGUAAGUGUGGCCUCAUUUUGGAUGGAUGCUCUUUGCAUGUUAAUCUAAAAUACCCAAACCCAAGAUCGUAUGUUAAACACACAUUCAGGUCAGUUUAGAUUAUAAGCAAUGUUUUGGUGUUUUCUCAAACGGUGAUGCUCCACGGGUCUGGUUAAUGCUAAUACGAUAUACUUUAGUGUAAAAAUUACGUGAUAAUGCAUUUCCAUGUGUAAUUAACAUUGCAUCCGACAAGUCUUUGAAUCUGUUAGAUUAAAUUUAACUUUGGUAAACAAUUUGAGUAAAGACUUUUCUCAUGCUUGGAUAUCGGUUAGAGUAGAACAUCCGGUGUAGUCUUUUAGAAUGCAUGUAUGUAACAUGUAUGACAGGGGAGCUAUGUAAACAAUAUGCAUACCGUAUUUUCCGGCGUAUAAGACGAAUUUUUAACCCAUGAAAAUCUUUGAAAAGUCGGAUGCCGUCUUAUACACCGGGUGUCGCCUUAUACGCCGUGGGGUCGUCUUAUACCCCGGGGGUCGUCUUAUAUCCCGGGGGUCGUCUUAUACCCCGGGGGUCGUCUUAUACGCCGGGGGUCGUCUUAUACCCCGGGGGUCGUCUUAUAAGCCGGGGGUCGUCUUAUACGCCGAGGGUCGUCUUAUACGCCGGGGGUCGUCUUAUACGCCGAGGGUCGUCUUAUACGCCGGGGGUAGGUCGUCUUAUACGCCGGGGGUCGUCUUAUACGCCGGGGGUCGUCUUAUACGCCGGGGGUCGUCUUAUACGCCGGGGGUCGUCUUAUAAGCUGGUAUAAUGCGUUCGGAAACUUCAGGGACAGGCGCCUCUCUAGUUCCAGGUUGGUUGACAGCUUAGAAAACCAACAGCAUGGCAGCCCCCGUGGGGUUUAUUGUCGUAUCCUUCCUUUCAGCUUUAGAGUGAACUAGGAAAAGUUUAAUCAAUUCUUCAGUUUUAUGUUUGGGGGUCAAACAGCCUUAUAUUUAUAAGGCAAAGUUUUCCUGCUCAGUACCUGAAUGUCAUAAGCAUUUGAAUUAAUAUUACUAUAAUGAAAAUAAAUUUGUAUUUUAUUUUUAUUUGAUGUGCGUUUGAAGAGGGCUAGUCAUGUAGGGCGAGUACAGCCCGAACCCUAUAUUUUAACAGGAAAAGUAAGGGGUAGACUUAUAGGGCGAGUAUAGCCCAAACCCUAUAUUAAAAGGGAAAGGUGGUGGUCGUCUUAUAGGACCAGUCGCCUUAUACACCGAGAAAUACCGGAAAAUACGGUAGAUAUUUGCAUAUACCAGCACCAUGCUCAGUUCAAUUUUGGUGGAAAUAAAAAAUUAUACAGUGCAACAAGUUAUGUUUAGAUUUAAAAAAGAACAGACAGAACAUUUGAAAAUUUUUUUUUUUUUUGUUUUGGUUUAAGUGGGGUCGGGGAGGGAGAUAGUUUCUUUCGCUAUUUUCUUUGAACAUUUCUAUUUUAUUGUAAGUUAUUACUCUUACGUCCAUGGCGACGAAUAAACGCUCUCAAAAUAUCUGGCCAAAUCGCAGUCCUUUUAUGAUGAACAUCUCAAUUGAAUAAUAGAAGGCAAAAGAAGAUUUGAUAUUUUUUUAGCUUCGUGACAUCAUGUUAUUGUUUUUUUUUUUCUUGUUGUUGUUGGUCCACCAAUAUGUUAAUAUCGACCAGGACCUUCAAGUCAUCCGAUUGGAGUGGGGGGAGGGGGGUCACAUUGAGUUCAUAGGUGGCUUGUUAGACCAUGACAUCUUGUUAUUGUUGUUUGUUUUGUUGUUCGUCCGGUCAGUAUCGACUUUGACCUUCAAGUCAUCCGAAUGGGGUGGGGUGGGGGGGGGUGUCACAGUGAGUUCGGAGAUGGCCUGCUGGUCAAUGACAUCUUGUUAUUGUUCGUUUUGUUGUGCGUCCGGUCAAUAUCGACUAGGACCACCAAGUCAUCCGAUUGGGGUUGGGGGAGGGGGUCACAGUGAGUUCGUAGGUCGCUUGCUAGACCCUGACAUGUUGUUAUUGUUCGUUUUGUUGUUCGUCCGGUCAAUAUUGACUAGGACCAUCAAGUCAUACGAUUGGGGUGGGGGGAGGGGGUCACAGUGAGUUCGUAGGUGGCUUGCUGGUCAAUGACAUCCAAACAUUUAGUCCAGAUAUUAAUGAUUUCUAAUUGAUCCGCAAAUGACAAUUAUGAGAGAUUUCCCGAUUGUAAUCCAUAAAUGACCUCCUAUAUCCAAGCCUGACCCACAAAGGGUCUCUUUCAUUUAUAAACAGCUAACUUUAAACAAACAAACAUUAUACUACUUUAACGAGAGAUUUAAUGGGAAUGACGUUAUUACUGUCAGCACACAUUGAGUUGUUACUGCUGUCAGUACACUUUGAGCUGUUACUGCUGUCAGCACACGUUGAGUUUUUUAUGCUGUCAGCACUCAUGAAGUUAUUACUGCUGUCAGCACACAUUGAGUUGUUACUGCUGUCAGCACACAUUGAGUUGAAACUGCUGUCAGCACACAUUGAGACAUUGCUGCUGUCAGCACUCAUUGAGUUGUUACUGCUGUCAGCACACAUUGAGUUGUUACUGAUGUCAGCACACAUUGAGUUGUUACUGCUGUCAGUACACGUUGAGUUGUUACUGCUGUCAGCACACGUUGAGUUUUUUAUGCUGUCAGCACUCAUGGAGUUAUUACUGCUGACAGCACAUAUUGAGUUGUUACUGCUGUCAGCAAAUGUUUAUUUGUUACUCCUGUCAACACACAUUAGUUAUUCAAGUAAACUAUGAUCAAUAACUCUGACUCUCCCUGUCUUUACUUUGAUAUCCUAUGAGUUUGUCACUUGUUAUGGUUCAGCUUAACUUCUAUAAUCUAAACAUAACCGAUCAGUUUUUCAUAAUCGAACAUUUGAUUACAUCACAUAUUUAGCUUUUAACAAACACGAUAAAGAUAUAAUGAAUUUGGAUUAAUACCAGGGCCCUGACACUGUUAAUUUCUGUCAGGUGAAGACAAGCUAUUCAAUGGCUUUCAAAGGGCAAAGCAAAUGUUUCCGCUAUUUAGAGCGAUGCACAUGGCGUUCAAAUGUAGUUACAUUUAGUUUCACAUCUCGAUGCACAGAGUACAAAGCUCCUUACCAUAAUUAUUUACGUGAAGUGGUUUUCCAAUGUCAGCCUUGUGAUUAAACUUUUUUUAAAUUUUGAAAAGCAUAGAAACGUUUUGUUGACGUAAGGAUUUUGAUCACUCAAAUAUGGAAAACAUACUCGGGCACUCUGAGAUAACACAUCUGGGGCAUUUUUUUGGAUAAAACACAUGCGGAAUUCUUUGAUUAAACAUCAGGGGCAUUCUUAAAUAAAACAUCUAGAACUUUUUUGGAUGAAACAUGUGGUGCAUUCUUGGAUGAAACAUAUGGAACAUUCUUGGAUGAAACAUAUGGAACAUUCUUGGAUGAACCAUAUGGAACAUUCUUGGAUGAAACAUAUGGAACAUUCUUGGAUGAAACCUUUGAGCAUUCUUGGAUAAAACAUUUGGAGCAUUCUUGGAUGAAACAUGGUGCAUUCCUGGAUAAAAAAUCUAAAGCCUUAUUGGACAAAACAUCUGGAACUUUCUUGGAUAAAACAUCUGGAGCAAUCUUGGAUAAAACAUCUGAAGAAUGUAAAUCUGGAGGACUAAGGAAUGUAAAUCGGGAGGACUGAAGAAUGUAAAUUUGUAGGACUCUAGAAUGUAAAUUUGUAGGACUGUAGAAUGUAAAUCUGGAGGACCUCAGACUGUAAAUUGCGAAGACUCUAGACUGUAAUUCCUGACAACUGUUGGAUUUCCAUUUGGAAUACUACUUGGGGGGUACAUCUAAAAUAAUGCUGAAUGCAAAUCUGACGCAAAUGUAUGGGCAGAGUCCCCCAUGUCACUUUCUGGUUUUUUGUGCCCUUUUCAGUAAACCAAAUUGAUAGACUAUCUUUCUUCAUCACAAUUUCGGAUUUCUUAUAAAUAUGCAAAGGGCCAAUGCAACGCCGGUGUAAUAGUUUGGGGCAAUUUAGUUUUCCAUGUGGUGCUACGCUGUACGUUAGUUUGAGAAUGGCUCAUUUUUCUCCAAUAGAUUUAAAAUUAAUUAACAUUCUUUCGAUAAUAAAUCGGUAAGAAACCAGAGCUGUUUCUUUUUAAAAAAGGGGCAAACAUUCAAUAGCACUGGUUAUGUCCAACUUAAAUUCUAUUCUGAAAGUCCAUCUGAGUGAAGAGAGUUAAGGAGCCAUUGCUAUCGUAGUCUAUUUAUAAACGUUGACAGUCAUCUGCAGCUGUUUCAUAGUCGCCAUAACGUACAGCUGGUGUCUUCCCAGCACUGUGUCCAUACAGCCUUGUGUGUGGCAUGAAAUACAGAUUGGCUGGUUAUACCUAACAUUGUUAGCGAUAGAUUGAGGCUAAGUCAGGCGUGCUGAUGGCAGUAAGAUGAAUGUCAUUUAGGCAUGAAUGCCUAUUGAUGGACGUUAGAGAAAUUGUAAAAAGCACAAUUUAUUGUUACUAGAUAAAAUUAAGGAGACUCCAUACUUUUUUAUAAAUGGUUUUCUCUAACAAUAUCCUUGUAAACAUUUUAUUUAUUGGCUUAAUUAUUACCUAUAUUUAAGAAAAAGAGAUGAUGUUUUUUUAUUAUUGUACAUCAGAUGCAGAAUUUUUCAUGUUAUCUUUAUUUUAUUAUUUGUGACAAGGGUUCUCAACCUUUUUUUUAUAUACAUAUUCUUGCAUUAUGAAAUGUUUGACUGAUUUCAGGGCAAUGGAAAUUCCACAAGACGUAUAUUAUUAUAUUUACCAAAAAAAAAAAAAAAAGAAUGAAUUCUAAAAAUUUAAUGUUGAUGCAAUUUAUCCGAACCAGUUUAAGACCUACAACUUUAGAUUAAAUCUUUAUGUCAGGGGCAUCACCUGAUGCACGAGGUUAUUGAUAAGUUUUCUCUCUAAAUUUUGUGUUUUGUAAUCCAAGAGUUUAUUAUUGGUGGUAGGGUCUAUCAACAGACUCGUGGUAGGGUCUAUCAACAGACUCGUGGUAGGGUCUAUCAACAGACUCGUGGUAGGGUCUAUCAACAGACUCGUGGGUGGGAUUUAUCAACAGACUCGUGGUAGGGUCUAUCAACAGACUCGUGGUAGGGAUUUAUCAACAGACUCGUGGUAGGGUCUGUCAACAGACUCGUGGUAGGGUCUAUCAACAGACUCGUGGUAGGGAUUUAUCAACAGACUCGUGGUAGGGUCUAUCAACAGAAUUGUGGUAGGGUCUGUCAACAGACUCGUGGUAGGAUCUAUCAACAGACUCGUGGUAGGGUCUAUCAACAGUCUCGUGGUAGGGUCUAUCAACAGACUCGUGGUAGGGUCUAUCAACAGACUCGUGGUAGGGUCUAUCAACAGAAUCGUGGAAGGGUCUAUCAACAGACUCGUGGUAGGGUCUAUCAACAGACUUGUGGAAGGGUCUAUCAACAGACUCGUGGUAGGGUCUAUCAACAGACUUGUGGAAGGGUCUAUCAACAGACUUGUGGAAGGGUCUAUCAACAGACUUGUGUUGAAAAUUCGAUAAAAUAAUUGUGGUCUUGGUAAGUGUUGCCACCUGGUUAAACAAUAUAUCUGAUAAGAGAUUGGAGAGAUCGCUCAAAAUCUUUCUUUUAACCAUUGUAUGAGUUGUGGAAAAUUUUGAGAUAUCUUGGGAAAUCGGGGCAUGAGAUGGUUGGGGGAUGUCUGGGGAUAAGCGAGUUAGGGAUAUCUGGGGAUAAAGGUGUUAGGGAUAUCCGGGCAUAAUUUCUCUCAUUACUUUUGGUGAAUAACAAAUUAAAUUAAUUUGACAUAUUUAAACUACCACUGCUCCAUUUAGCUGAAAAGAAACAACAAAUUACAUUAAUUUAACAUAUUUAAACUGCUACUGCUCCCUUUAAUUGAAAAAACAAACAAAUGACAUUAAUUUGAGAUACAGUUAACUGUACAAAGUAAACGUCAAAUCCCGUCUUGCCACAGAGCCGAUGUCUUUACAUAUCUAUGCCGCAUUUAUUCACGUGACACACCAUAGCAAGAACUUAUGGAGAAAAUAAUAAAAAUUGUUUUUAAAUACCGGUACUUUACGACCACCAUUUGACAUUUUAUAAAGCAUAAACAUGUUAUCCAACCGUUUUUUUUUGAGUUAGUUUUUUUUUUCUUUUUUUUUUUUUUGUUUUUAAAUAAAAAAGAAAUAAAAAGAAAAGUUCUUUAACCCGUGGUUCACACAAUGAUACAGCUCCUGCGUAAUCGAUUCGCUCAACACUGAACAUCUGGUCAGAAGGACCGUAUGACUAACCCGGUUGACACGAGCUAAGCCUUGCUUGAGUUGUACAAUUGAUUGCUGGAGAUAGGGAUGUAAAUAAGACACGGUGGUUUUGUUAUGGACCAUUACACUGCAAGCGUACAUCUUAAAAAAUUAUAUUAUCCUCGCCAUCCUCUUGGUUCUGUCUUCUAUAGAACACUCACAAUCCACUGGAUUCUGCCACAUAGAGCAUCUCACCAUACACUUGAUUCUGAUUCCUAGAGCAGCUUACAAUCCACUUGAUUCUGCCACUUAGCGCAGUUCAACAUCCACAUGACUCUGCUAUCUAUAACAAAUCACAAUCAACCUGACUCUCAUACCUUGAACAGCUCACCAUCCAGUUAACUCUGUCAUCUAGGAUAACUCGCAAUCCACUGGACUCUGCCCACCGGAGUAUCUCAACUAUUGUUGCUAUAUUUCCGCUUAGCAGACUUUCACAUAUUCGUAACAUCCAUACCCCCCCCCCCAAACACCUUGUUCCUUGUAAUUAACGUUACAUUGGAGAUGGCGUCGUUGGGUCAUCGAGCGUAAGCUCUCAAUACCCCGCCCCCCGGCACACCCCCACAUGGGCCGACGCCGGGUCUCCCCGCCGACAGACCGUACGGAAGCACGUCGUGAACCUUACCCUUGGCAUUGGGGACGUCCGGUCGACUGAAAACGCUGCGUUUAAAGCGUUCGCGGUCCACUCUCCUAUGGUUUGAGCGGCUUUGCUUCCUCUCCCGGGGAAUGGUGUUGUGUUACCUCCUUCAGCCGUCCAGGGAGUUUUCCGGUUGGAACGUAAGCGGGGACGAAACGGUCGCCUAGGUGCGACUUUCUCAGGGCCGCGUAGCUAAAAUUAUCGGCAAGAGUUUUGUCCGUCACCCAGGCCUCAAUAACGGCAACAAGUAAACAUGCUAUUGCGUUCCCCCCGUUGCGUUGGGAGUCAUGCAGUGGCCUGGUUUUUUAGUUUUGGGAGGAAACCUCCCCACUAGUCUGCCACGCCACGAAAAGGCAAAAUUCCAUGGGGACGCCCCCAAGUUUCAUCGGAGACGCUCCGCUUCCACGGACAGCCUUGUAAUUAACAAAAAUGCUUCAAUAAAUUCAUCACGUUCAAUUUUUAACAUUGUGUUAGCCCCCCUCCACCCCCCCCCCUUCUCCCUUUCCCAUUAUGGAGACUAGAGUCUUGUAUGGUAUCUACAUUAGAAACACAUUUUAAAAAAAAUUAAAAUCAAAUACCAUAGCAUACAAAAUUAACUUCAUAAAUAAAUAAUAAAAUUAUGAUGAGAAUCACUAUUCUAGAGAACAAAGCAAGUCACGACCUCCCUUCAGCUGGCGAUCAAGCCAACCAGGAAUUACAAAAAAAAUCCAACUCAAAAUACACAUAAAUGUUUUCAACCAAAAAAGAAAUGUACUGAAAAAAGCAGCCAACCCAAUAAUACUUCUAUGUAUAAAUGCCAGCCUUUCCAUGUCGAGAACUUUCAUCAAGUCAAUACAUUUUGGUCAAACUAUCAAAACACACAAUUGUCUACGUCACUAACACUACCAUUUGGCGCUCAUUUCACGAAAAAAAAAAUUCCCAAAUAGUUCGCUAAAUGUGAUUGUUAAAAAAAAAAUACCUCAGUUGCGUUUGUUGUAUUGUAUUUUCUUUUGUCUUACGGACAUCGUCUCAGUUUAAAUACGGUGUCGUAAGUCCUCGGUGUGAAAGGGGUUGGUACAUUAGAAUAUUUAAAAUAGUUCAGGGGCGCGAGAAAAUGUGUGCUGUUGCGAACCUGGGGGGGGGGGGGGGGGGGGGGGGGGGGCUAAUUCGGAUUCUCAUAAAGUGCGUUACUUGAGUGCAUGUUUUGUGACAUACCAUUAGUCAAUGGGAACUUCACGGAUUUACGCCGCAAUUGUGUUGUUUGUUGGUGUUUUUUUAAAUUUUCCUUUAAAAAUUGUAAUCUAAUUUUUAAAAAAAAAAUUGUAAAAAAAUGAUCUGCUUUUUAAAAUAAUGUAUAACGUAUUGACGGCAUGCAGUUUCCAAAAUAAUAGAAGAUCCCUUAGUGCUUGAUAAACAGGAAAUCAGUGCAUGAAUAUUUAACCGAGAUUUCCAUUGGCUUUUUAGGUUCAAAUAUCAAAACAAAUUGAAGGCAAUUUUUACACCUGAUGGAACUUGUUAGACUACACGUGUUACGCGUACCAUUGUUUGAGAGGCAUUCGGUUAGAUGGGGAAAGUUUAUCAUUUUUUACUGUAAAACGAAAGUGUGUUUAGUCAUAAGAGGCGGGUCUGUUAUUGAUUUGUAUUGUAAUCAUUGGGGUAACAUCUGGCCUGACAUUCAUUUGAUAAUGACGUUACCUUUGUUAACAUUAGCAUGUUACAAAUGGUCCACCGUAUUAAUGGGAAUCACACGUACCUUGGAUUAGUUACAGCAAUGUUAGCUGUAGGCUCAUAUCAAGAACUGUUGUAAAAAAAAAUAUUGAGAAACAUAGCCAAUGAAAUUGAAGUAGAAUUUCAUCAGAAAAGUUUAAAGGUUGCCUUAAGUGUUGUGUUUUAUUUGAUGAGUUAAAGUACUUGGACACUAACUGUUAUUUUAAGUACUAGUUCCUCUUAAGUUGUUGUUGUUUUUUCCCACAUAGACACAAUGUUAGAUAAAGAUUGGGAAGGCGAAUCAUAAUCGCCACUACCACUAUCGUGUUCUUGACAUAAAGUAGCAUCGCAACAAUACAAAGUAUGAAGGUAGUAAACUUUUCCGCAUCUUGCUUUGUGGUAACAUAUGCCCUAAAUGAACAUUGCACCAAUGGAAAAAGGGGGGGGGGGUGGUUGAAGUUUAAACCGUUCGAUUAAAUCAAUACCAUUGAGCUCAGGGCAAGAAAGACACUCGCAAUAACAACGGGUACUAAAUUGCUAGUUGUAAAUGUAAACAGUGUCUGAGAAAACGCCGUUACAACAGUGUGUUGAGUGUGAGUUGUGUCGAAUCCAGUGCUAAAAGACUUGUGCAGCGUUUGAAUAACUCUAACAAUGUGUUUCUGCUGCGGUCCAUCUGGUAAAGAGAUAUAAUUAUUAGCAAUAAAAUUUGAAACGCUUGUUUGAAGAAGUGGUAUAAUAACUUAAAAGUCUUGAUUUGAAAAAAAAGUAUGUUCUUACCUCUUAAAGAUGUGGAGCAUGAUAGUUCGUUUUUAAGAAAGACUGGUGCCUAGUGGUAAAUGUGUGUGAGAGAUGGAUUCUAUUGAUACAAUUAAACGUGUUUUUAAUACAUGUUUAAAGAGAACAUCUACGGACUGAGUGUGCUCCGGAUAACUAACUGUUUCCAUUCCUAUACAUUACACAUUGAAAUCGUGUUAGCUCUUACCUUAGUCAAGAUAACAUAUAACAAUUUAGUGUAUUUUAUAAAUGGGUUGGACAAACAUUUUAAUAAUGGCUAAAACUCUAAUUCGGUAGCAUGCAACUCAUACCAGUAAUGUAACUCAUACCAGCAAUGUAACUCAUACCAGUAAUGUAACUCAUACCAGCAAUGUAACUCAUACCAGUAAUGCAACCCAUACCAGCAAUGUAACUCAUACCAGUCAUGCAACUCAUACCAGUAAUGUAACUCAUACCAGUAAUGCAACUCAUACCAGAAAUGCAUCUCAUACCAGUAAUGCAACUCAUACAAGUAAUGUAACUCAUACCAGUAAUGUAACUCAUACCAGUAAUGCAACUCAUACCAGUAAUGCAACUCAUACCAGUAAUGUAACUCAUACCAGCAAUGUAACUCAUACCAGUAAUGUAACUCAUACCAGUAAUGUAACUCAUACAAGUAAUGUAUCUCAUACCAAUAAUGUAACUCAUACCAGUAAUGUAACUCAUACAAGAAAUGCAACUCAUACCAAUAAUUUAACUCAUACUACCAUUGCAACUCUACCAACAUAACCAAAAUUGAUUCGCCUCCCCCCCCCAAAAAAAAACAGUAGAAUUUCCCUUUGAUUAACUCAUUAAUGUAAUUAAUGGUUGGCUAAAAAAAUGUAAGACAGAAUGACGAUUCAAUUUACAUUUUAAUGUUAUUUAUUUUAGCAAGUUUAAUAGCACGCCACUCUGUAGCACGCCAGUCUAUCUCUAGCGUGCCAGUCUGUCUGUAGCCCGCCAGUCUAUGUGUAGCCCGCCAGUCUAUGUCAUAUUUUGAAAAGAAAACACAAUGUAUUAAAAUUAAUAUGGUUUAACAAGUUAUUUUUUUUUAGCUCAGUCCCGUGAACAUAUUUCUGUGCAUCAUAGUUUUAUUUGAAACGAAACAAUCUUGUGAGCACGUUGUCAAUGUAAAUCGAUGGCCGAGUUCGAUGAUUUCUGUUUUGGACGACAAACCCGACAAAAGGACGGGUAAGUGAAGUCACAGGGGAAAUAACCUGUCCCCAAUUCUCCGCUGUGAAAAGAAUACAACUCAGAACAUACAAAACUGGGGGAGACAAUCUGGCAGGCCAUCUGUAAUGAGAUUUAUUUUUAAAAAAUUGGAAAUAUUAAUUUCAAGAAGAAAAGCUUUAUUUUUUUUUUACUUUUGUUUUUGUUAUUUGGGAGAAUUGUUAUAUACAGCAAGUAUUCGAAUAUACUGAGAUUCGAGGGAUUAGGCCCUGCUACUGAGCAAUGCUGACAUUCCCAAGCUUGAGCCCUACUAAUAGUACUACUGUGUGAUACUUACUUUUAGAGUCAGUGGAAAGUAUUCUCAGAUAGAGAGUAGGUUCAGAUAGAGACUUGGCUCAGAUAAUCACUAGGUUAAGAUAGAGUGUAGGUUCAGAUAGAAAGUAGGUUCAGAUAGAGACUUGGCUCAGAUAGGGACUAGGUUCAGAUAGAGAGUAUAGGUUCACGAAGAGAGCAGAUAGAGACUAGGUUUAGAUGGAGAGUAGAUUCACGAAGAGAGCAGAUAGAGACUAGGUUUAGAUGGAGAGUAGAUUCACAUAAAGGGUAGGCUCAGAUAAACUAGGUUUGGAUAGACAGUAGGUUCAGAUAGAGACUAGGUUAAGAUAGACAGUAGGUUCAGAUAGAGACUAGGUUAAGCUAGAGUAGGUUCAGAAAGAGAUUUGGCUCAGAUAGAGACUAUAGAGAGGUUGAGAUUGAGAGUAGGUUCACAUAGAGAGCAGAUAGAGACUAGGUUUAGGUAGAGAGUAGGUUCACAUAAAGCUUAGGCUCAGAUAGACUAGGUUCAGACAUAAAAUAGGUUCAAAUCGAGACUAGGUUCAGAUAGAGAAUAGAAUCAGACAGAGAGUUGGUUCAGAUAGACAGAAGGUCCAGAUAGAGAGCAGGUUAAGAUAGACAGUAGGUUCGGAUUCUAAAUACACAACGAAUCUAAUUCACUACACGAUAGAUGUUAAAUACGAAAUUAACUUACUUUUACAAAGUAUCGCCUGCAAUCCAUAUUUAAGAAAUAAGACAUAGAGAAUAAUGCUGUAUUAUACGAAAAAAGGCUUAUCACAUACGGGGGGGGGGGGGGGGGGGGGGGGGUUGGAUCAAUACAUUUGAUGAUACAAAACGUAAUGAUCUACAUUAAUGUAAAAUAGUGCGGCCUGGUUUUGAACAAAUCAACGAAUUAUUUGAAAGUGGGAAGAAAUGAAUUUUAAAACGUUAAGUUCUAGGCAAAAAUAAACAAACACCACAGUAGUUUAUUAUUGAAAAAAGAAAUAUUUGCAAUGUUUACAGUAUUAACCAGGUGUUAAUUUUAAUGACAAGUGUAAGUACAUGCCGCCCUUAAAGGAUUUACUCGCUAUCAAAAUGUGAUAUUUAUAUAUGAUAUAUAUUAUAAAAAAAAAACAACUGAUAUUGCAAAUAAACGUUCAACUUUAAUGGAGAUAGCAUUACACGGCAAAGCGGUUUCAUACAUAAAUAUCUACGGAAGCUGCUAUAAAUUAUAAUGAAACCCAUCAUGUUAGUUGUUAAUUUUUUAUUAGUCCAAAUUCAAUAAGAUAGCAUGGUACAUUGUAUAUGUUGUUGCUAAUGGUGCAAACAUUGCAUGGGCAAAACUAUUGCACGAAGUCUCGCUUUAUUGCUGACAUCUAAAAGGUUCGACAAUCUGAUGUUUUAUCGAACUCCUAACUUUGUCUUCCAUAUUGACACCUAGCUUUGUCUUACAAAUUGUCUCCUAGCUUUGUCUUAGAUAUUUAACUCCUAACUUUGUUUUCCAUAUGGACUCCUCAGACUUGUAGCAUGGCGCCGCCUAUAGAUUAAUUUCGGUUACUACGUUACCAUGUCAGACAGCCCGGCCAUUGAUCUGGACGAAUGGGACAAGUUGAUGAUAGUUAUAGCGUCUGCCUUGUUCCUACUCCUUGUCCUCAUUAUUGUCGCUUGCGCUGUGAACCCCCUCUGCUGGUUAAACAAGUUCUGCCCCUGCAAGUACAACAGCAAUGGUAAGUACUCAAAGAUUUAUUGAUACAUUUCAUUUUUUUUUUUACAUUAAAAUCGUGUCCAAGCCAUCGAAAAAUCUUAAUAAACACUGCUAAUUUUUUUUUCCUGGAUCAUACAAAGCACCUCAGUAAAUGGCUGAUUGUAAGACCCUAUUGACAGACCUGUCCGAUUGUUCGGACUGACCCCAGCUAUUAACUUUUACUUGUUGAGUUUUCUUUGUUUCGAUGUUGUACUGAGAAACAUAAUUGAAAAUUAUCAGUUAUAAAAAAUUGUCAUUGUUCACAUCAAAGCUAUUUCAUUAGCCAACUCUUUGAUACAUAUAACGCUAAGAUUCAAUGCUAUAUAAAACUCCCACCUUGCUCAAAGCACCAUUUUUCUUCCUUUCCACCCCCUCUUCCACAACCCAUAUACAGCGCUUUCCACCACCUAUAUACCGACUCUUCCAUCACCAAUAAAUCGACAAAUCCAUCACGGUAUACCCCAUCUGCAUCACAUAUAUACCAUCCAAUGUUCCCUUUAAGCUGCGCGGCUGCGCGGCCGCGCAUCUCACUUACAGACGCCGCGCAGCAGUUUUGAGUAUCCGGGCAGCAAAUUUCCCCGUAAGUGUGUGUUUGUGGGCUGUAACAUUUUGCACACACAAAAUCUGAUGCUGUAAAACUUUGCACACAACUGUAUAAUUAUGCACACAAACCUUAGAGGGAACAUUGAAUCAUCUAUUCCACCAUUCAUUAACUCCCUCCUCCUACAACCUUUUUCCACAACAAAAAACUACAAAGUUACAUUUCAAAUAUCUGUGAAUGGAAAACAACAACAUGAAAUACCUCGUAAGAGACCUCGUAAAGUUUCCUGCAAUUAUUGUCCCAAUUACCCCAGGCACGUGACCGCUGUGUUAAACUGUAGUAGUGACAUGAUUUAGAUGCCACCCGCGCUACGUCGACACGUGGUUCAUGUCGCCUGAUGCCCUGGUUGGCACGUGUUGCUCUCCUGCGUGUUGAUGCAUACUCUGCAAUAAAUACAUUUUCAAAAAGCAAAAGGGGCCAUUCAUAAAUUAUGUCUAUAAUUUUAAGGCAAGUUUAAGCCCCCCUCCCUCCCACACCUUUUGCCUUUUUGACCACAACAUUCAAUCUUUCAUUGACCUGACUACCCUUCCCAAAUUGAUUAUAUCAACAUUGACUUCCACUAAAAAUUAAAAUGAAAAAUAAAUAAAUAUUUAUGUUUUUACAGGAACAAUGAAGAAAUCGGCCAGGAACAACAUAUUUAUUACAUUUUUAAAAUCUCCUUUGACUGGAUUCAAUUUUUUUAUUGUAGAAUUUAUUAGAGAAUUGUUAAAUUAGAAAUAUUAUAUUUAGUAAAAUUAUUGCUUCUUUACUUUUCAAAAUGUUCCUUCCUUUCUUUUUUGUUUUGUUUUUUGCAACAGUGCAUAGCAGCUAAUUUUAUCAUUAUCACCAUGAAAUUGACAUUAUGGAACUGGCUGUCAUCAUGAUAUCUCCCUCGUCUAGUCUAACCAUUCAAUGCUUAAGAUAUCAGUACUUUGUCUUUGUUUAAUUAUUGCCAUCCCCUAUCAGAGCCUUUCGGCCACCACUCGUGUGUCCCAAUCAUUAGUUUUUAGCAGCAGGUUGUAAUUUCUACUCAUCGACGGUUUAAUCUUGAAAUUAUACCAAUUUUUAUACCCAUCAAAACUAACAAAACAAAUUAUUAGAAUUAACAUAAUUGAAUUAAUGAUUGAUGUAUAUGAAUAAUUAUUUCACCGAAAUAUAAUCAAGCUUUUCCAACCUUCCGGCCCUUUGCUGUUGAUGUCAUUUAUGGACGGCACAUGCAAGGGGCUUAUAACAAUUACCUAAAAAAAAAACCAAAAAAAACAACAACACUUUUUCAAGUGUAGACGCAUUUUUCUUAAAGAGUAUAUUUUUUACUCUUGUUUUUAUAUUACGUAUUUAUUUUUCCCCUGUAAUUUCAAGUAUUAAUUUUUUUUAACGCAAUAUUUCAUGGCAGCUUUCCAACGAACAAAGUCUUAUAUCUUUACGUCCUUUAGAGAAAAUGUCGCUCCAACCCGUUUAUGGCUCCAUGUAUGACCCUGGAGUGCCACCUGGUCGGAAAGGUCAUUGCGUGAAAGGUCAAGGUCCUCUCUGGCAUCCGAUGGUCCCAUUAAAAGAGUCGGAACUUUCCGACUGGUCGGAUAUUAGCAUGCCGGAAAUUAUAGAGAUGAAACAGGUAAACGUGUUGACAUGUUUUUUUAGUUGUAUAAACUGUAUCCAUUGUAUAAACUGUAUCCAUUGUAUAAACAGUGCAGGUGAAUCACAGAGUUUUGAGGUUUAAUGCAAUAUUUUUUUUUACAUAGCUUUUAUGUUACAGGUAUAUUAGUGUGUUAGACAGAGGUUUAAUAUUAUUGGUAUAUCAUUAUGUUAGACAUACCUAUGAUAUUAAAGGUGUAUCGGUGUGUUAGACAAAGGUUUAAUAAUAUUUGCGUAUCAGUGUGCUAAUAACAAUAGACCAACAUCAGUGUUUUUUUUAAUAUUGCCAUUAUGUCACAAUGUGUAACUAUAUUUUAGGCAUGGUAGUUAGGGUUAGGGUUAGGGUUAGGGUUAAAACGAUUGAAUUUUGAAUCUAAAUUACGUAAAAGGUAUAAAAUCGUGGAUUUAUCUGGGAUCUAUUUAGACAUUUUAAAGUUGUAAACGAAUUCUCAAGCAUGCGAUGUCAAUAACAUUUGAUAUCUAUUUUUAUGUUUAAGCUAAGAAAAAAAAAAAGUACAUUUCUUUUGUAAAGCUAUUCAUCUAUAAACAGUAGGCUUUGUACAGUAGCAUAUUAGGCUUAAGAAGUGUGUCUAAUUUAUGUGAGCAUCUGUGUCAUUGUAAAUAUUUAUUUGGUAAAUUGAUUUAAGGAACAUUUUAAGCUUACAAAAUCAAUGCUUAUUCACGACACACACUGUGACAUGCAUUUGUUUCUGUUUUUAUGUGACCUAUGAAAUGUUCAGGUUUAUUUUCGAUAACAACACUGUUGCUCAAAAUUUACUCUGUGACGCCUUCUGACCUUUAAACAUCAUGUUUCGACAUGGCUUUAAUGCUCCACGUAUAUUAUUGAAUGGUGGCUGGAAAUACAGAUUAUAUGUUUUAAACAACCCAUCAUAGAAUCAAUAUCAAGUCAGGGCUGUUAUAAUGUCAGCUUUGCCUCAAGUUUUGACGUCUUAAUGCCAGCAUGUAGCUUACGGCCGUGUAAAUAGUUCAGUUAAAUGUUUAGUUCACAUGUAGCAAUUAGCUUAUACUAUAGGAGAUCGGAAUGACUACGUCUUGGAAAUGGAUGGUCCAGUGGUAGAUCCUUAAAUAAAAAACAAAGGUGAGGAAGAGUACAUUUGAUUGGUUUGAGUGACAAAAUUCCAUAAUUAAUCACAACCUGAAGCUAAAUAAGUUGUAGUUUUAGGGUUCUGUCAACAAGUGUAUUGGAGUUGGGUGUAAAUUUGACAUGAAGAUAUAACUCUAUUUUAGACAUCUUGCUAUAUGUCAUGUAGUGCUUGGCAUAAAUCAAUGGAUACUUCGAAAUCCAAACAUAAAUGGCAAUAUGUGAAGGAAAUCUACAGAGGUGUAACUCAAACGUUAUGGGAUUCCAGGUUGAAAGGGUGAGGGCUUGACACUGUUUGGUUAUUCAAGUGUUCAUACAUAACCAUCGUCACAAUUUUUGUACAGUACAUAUGGGGGCAGUAUUCAAGCCGUGCAAAGUAAACGAAUAGUAGAUGAAGAUAUGUUUGGUCUUGAAAAAAAAAAAAGACACACGUUUUAAAAGGACGUUUCGACUAAAUGCCUUCUUCGCCAGAUAAAAAAAAAUAUUUUAAAAAAUGUAUAAAUUAAAAACUUAAGUUUUCCCAGUUUAAAAAGUAGCUAUGUGAGUAUCUGUGUAGAAACCUAUGAAGAAUGUAUCUCUUAUUUUUCUUGCGUUUAAUUGUGACGAGAGUUGUUUCCCCUUGACUACACCUCAGUCUUCGAAGUGCCUGUUGGAAUCCAUACCAAUUGCAGGUGGUAACUGCAUGGGUGAUUCAACAGCAACAAAAACAUUGAGGCGCCAUGGCGCUAAAUGGACAACUUUACCACUGUGCAAAUUGUCUUCCUGUGAUGUAUUUAUGUUUCUAUAUCACAAUUUACAGUUAGGCCAAACUGACUUGUGAAUGUGUCAUUUGCUAUAAGGGAAACUAUCUUAAAACCCAGUAGAAAUGACAAAGCACCUGAACAUUAAUAGAUGUUGUUGCAGGUGAUAGUUGUAUGACUCCCCGUUUCAAAAUUAAAAAAAAAAAUCUAUACAAAUGUCGUAAGUAGAAUACAUGUAAAUUGUUGGUAUAAGAAAGUUUUUUUUUCUCCAUUCUAUACGGCAAGGAAUGUAUUAUUGAUUUAUUUAUUUAUUUAGGAAUUUUUAUAUAGCGCUUACCUUACAGCUCUAAGCGCUUUACAAUUAUUAAAAACAUGUAAACUAUUUAAACUGCUACAGUAAAAUAAAAAAUGAAAAAACCAGAGACACUAGAAUAGUAACUACUAUGUUAAAAAUGACUAUAGAAACAGUAGCUUAAACAUUAAAAUGGCUAUAAAAACGAGUUCACUUUGGCACGUUUUGACCUAUAAUACAGGAUCAACCCUAGCCAGAAAAUGAGGCAGGGCGAACAGGGUGCAUCACAGGUCAUAGGCGGAUCUAAACAGAUGGGUUUUAAGGGACUUUUUGUAUUACACUUAGUAUUAGGCACGGUAUGUUUUAAAGUUGUACAUUUAUUUAAAAGAAACUGAUAUAGAGCAGGCCCGCACAGCUCAACAUUUAAGGCGGGCCCUAAUACCUUAUGAAAAACGUGUGCGGUCCAAAGGAAAAUAGGACAAGGGAAAGCUAUGAAAACAAUAAUAAUAAAAAGAAUAUUUCUUUACUUCGCGGGCCCGCAAAGCGGGCGAUGGCGGUCGGGCAGUAUGUUGAGCUGGCCUGCUUUAGCUAACGCUUACCGUCGCUCGGUUGUAAAUGCCUGCGGCUGUUCCAAUAAUGUGUGGGCUUCUUUUGCUCAGGAGGGCAGCGGUCGUCAGAGGAGGAUAUCACGAACUAGUGACUACAGCAGCAGCGCCAGCACCGUGGUGUCCCCUGUCCAGAGCGAGAGCAGACUGGCCUACGGUGUCCUCUACGACAAGGUCAAGGGCAUGCUCAACAUUCGCGUCAUUCAGCUAGGCAACUUUCGGGUCACUGACCCGGACGGCGCCCUGAUGCCUUACGUCAAAGUUCGGGUCUACAGGUCACCGAAACACUUUUUCACCUUCAAGCUCAAGUAAGCUGGGUUACAAUUUAACAUAUAUUUUCAUUUUUACCAUACAGCCAUUUUGUUUGAAAGGUCAAAAGAAGAAAAAAUGGAAUAUAUGUGACGUCAUCCAAGGGUCUUAGCUGUACGGGACGGCAUAAUAUAUAAAUAUUAAAAAAUCAGAAGUUGACUAAAAAUGCCGCCCCUCAAUGUCAAGAAAAAAAAACGGCCCAGGGUGGUCUCCGCACCCCCCCCCCCACCCUCAUUCCCUCAUUUUCCUACCACCCUAUUGAAUCAGAUCUUGGUAAAAUGCCGCCCCUCAAUGUCAAGAAAAAAAAACGGCCCAGGGUGGUCUCCGCACCCCACCCCCCCACCCUCAUUCCCUCAUUUUCCUACCACCCUAUUGAAUCAGAUCUUGGUUAUGAAAGGGAAAUGCAGCUGAAACUAAAAUUCUUAGGACCUCUAUGAACCGAUAGAGGUUGAAUAUGCACUAGUCCUCUUACUCCUUCAUUUUCUCUCUCCCUCCCUCCCUCUCUCUCUCUCUCCCACUCGAUCUCUUUCUCUCUCUCUCUCUCUCUCUCUCUCUGUCUGUCAUGGACAAUUUUAAGUUUUCGAGGCUUGAGGGAAAUGAUUGGUAACACAAGGCAACGUAUUCAGUUCUCAUGCUAACGAUUGAACUGUUAAUUGUUCAAAAUUACCUGUUAGACUGGUGUCCGCUACGAUGAUUAUGUAACGGUAACGCCACGUUUGUAAAUUAUUAACUUUGAUACAGUAUUCACCUUUUGACAGCCGAUUAGAUUGGCAUUUGAAGUAUCAUAUUGUAAAAUACCUUCGUUCGAGCUUUUACUAAUCACUUUCCCCUCCAACAUACUACAGUCGUCCUAUUUAGCUCCAAUGUCGCCUUAACUCAGUGUUUCGCAACAUUUGGGUUUGCGGCCCCUCUAAGGGCUGAACGACCCUUACAUGGGGUUAACACACGCGUAAAUGAAGCAGAAAAAAAAAAAUGUAACGAUUGUUUGUUUACCACAACAUGAAGAACUGUGUUAAACAGUCGCGGAAUUAGGAAGUUUGUGAAUGGCUUAACUGGUGUAAAUACUAGGAAGACUUCUAUAAAAGAAGUCUGAAAACGUCGUUGUUAAACACUAUGUAGCCCAUGAGUGUAACGUGUAAACAGAGCGUGAAUAAAACUGAUCAUUGUUCCUGGCUUUAAAUACGAUUUUCUUUUGUUGUUCUUGUUGCUGUUGGAAUGCAGUGUUUGGUACGGUGCAAAGAAACAAACUUUACCAAAGUUUUGCUCUUGGAGGCUAUUAAAGUUUAUCAGCCUUAAAAAAACACUUUGGUAAGUCUCUAAUAAGUCUCUCUGACAGCUCGAUGAUGCUGUUAUACCAUUAAGUUCCGAGUAAGUUAAAUUGUGUGUGGGGGGGGGGGAGGUUUUGUGUGUGGGUCAUGGGGAAGUUAUCUGACAGUAAAUGAGGCUAAAUUUAUUAUAAUUACAUCUUCUGCUGAAUGAAAGCAUGGGAAGAAUAAAUGAAAAAGCAUUUAAUUACCCACUCCUCUUAUCUGAUAAAUAAUCAAUGUACAGAUCCAGCAAAGAGUUGCCUCUGAACAACCUGGAGACUGAAGUCCAAACCAAGAUAAUACGAAGAACAGAUAACCCAGUGUUCAAUGAGACCUUCAGAUUCCCAGUAGAUGGUCACGACAUCACGGAAUAUGCUGUCAGGUUUCUGGUCUGUGACCUGGACAAGUUCUCAAGACAUGUUGUAGUUGGUAAGUCUUCGAGCUUUGUUGUGGUUUGUAAGUCUUCAAGAUUUGUUGGAGUUGGUAAAUCUGCUAGACAUGCUGUAGUUGGUAGGUGUUCAAGACAUGCUGUAGUUGGUUAGUCUUCCAGACAUGUUAUAGUUGGUAAGUCUGCAAGACAUGCUGUAGUUGGUAAGUCUUCAAUACAUUUUGUAGUUGGUGAGUCUUCAAGAAAUGUUGUAGUUGGUAAGUGUUCAAGACAUGUUGUAGUGAGUAAGUUUUUAAGAAAUGUUGUGUUGGUAAGUAGCACCUUGCUAAUUAUUAUUGCUAAUUAUUAUUAUUUAGACAAGUUAACCCAUUUGGGCGGCACGUAGAUAAAUUGUGAAAUGAAAUUCUGAGUCAGGUCUUCACAUGCAUCUGUUUAAUCCGUCAAUAAUUACAAACACAAUAUUUGAAUAAAUGUCUAAUACAGCUGCAAUCAAACAACCAAUAAGAUAAAAAGUUAAUUAGUAAUCCUCAACUGACUAAAGAAUAUAAUAAUGAACUCAAAUUACAUAAAUGACUGCAGAUGAUCCAUUGACACAACUUUUACAUUGCACAUGCUUCCUAUCACUCCUUAAUCUUAGAUGCUUCGCCAAUAUGGCUGACAAAAUAGUCCCUUCUUUUCCUUUUGUAAAUUAUUAUUGGUAUCAAUACGCCACUACGUUAUUUCUGAGUGAGUUUUACUCUGUGGUCAACAAACACUGAAUGGCACGAUGGUGCAGAAAGUCUUCAAGACAGGUUGCUGUUUGUUAGUCUUCAGGGCAUGCUGUAGUGGGUAGGUCUUCAAAGCACGUAGUCGUAUUUUUUUUCUUGAUACUUGUAAAAGAUAAAUUAUUUUUCUUGAUUGCUGUUAAAGAUAAAUUAUUUUUUUCUGGAUAGGCGUUAAAGAUAAAUUAUAUUUCUUGAUAGCUCUUAAAGAUAAAUUAAUUUUCUUAAAAGUUGAUAAAGAUCAAGACAUUUUAUAAGUCAGCGUGUUGAUUCAUUCUGUUUUUGCCAUUAAAAAAAAAAAAAAAAAUUAAUAAUGAAAUAACUUCAACAUUAAGUUUGAUACCUUCACUUUGUCAUUAAAAAAAUAAUUGUUCAUUGUUUAGUAUUUCCGACGAUAAUUUAAAUGUAACUGCUCGACAUUUCUGCUUAAAGCAAAUGUUUGAAGUAGAAAUGUUAGUUCCAUGAAUUCUCAUUUAAUUUGGAGUCUGGAUGAUAUCAUUGUAAAAUUAAAAAGAUAUAUAUAACUCCACAAAUAUACAGUUUGACUGUAAUAAUUAAUUUGAUGGUCAAUAAAAAUAAAAUUGAAAAUAAUUAUAGGUUUAUAUUUUAAAACUGAUAAAUCGAUUACAAAAACUCAAUGACUCAGAUAUCAUAAAAAAUAUAUUAUUUUGUGUAACAAUAAUUAGAUCUAGUAUUAAGUUGUUUCUAACUGAUAACUUACUUUUAUUUAUACUCAACAGGUGAAACAAUAAAAGAUUUGUCUAAAAUGGAAAUAGUACCUGGGCAGGAGGUGUUAUUUAACGAUCUUUUGUCUGGGCCACAAGAGGUGGGAAUAAGCAAAUAAAUAUUUUUUUCGUAACAAAUUUUUUUUUCAAAUUGUUUGUAAAUAAACACACUUAAAGAAUCGUCCGCUGGGACGAACAUAUUAACAAUGUAUGUAAACAAGCAAACAAGACCCUAGGGUUCUUAAGGCGAAAUCUAAAGAUUGGCAACUCCUGUGUGAAAGAAAGAGCAUAUAAAGCCUUUGUCCGUCUGGUUUUAGAUUAUGCAUCUUCAGUCUGGGACCCAUUUACCCAGAAGAGCGUUGACAGGUUGGAGGCGGUCCAGCGACGAGCAGCACGCUUUGUCCUAAUCCGCUACAGGAAUACCUCUAGUGUUGGCCGCAUGUCUAUUGCCUCAAGCCUUCAAACCCCUAGUGCAUAAUUCCCUCACAAAGUGGCACUGGGAAACAGUGAAAUUUCCUCAUCAAUACCAGGAACAGAAACAUUGCAAAUCCCAUCUACAUCCAUAGGAGCCAAAAGGAUCAAUAAAUUGAUCGUGGGCCCUUAAGAUAUAGAAGAAGAAGAAGAAAUAAAAGCCCUAUAUGUUGGCCUAGUUGAUCGGGGUCCCUUAAGAUAUAGAAGAAGAAGAAGAAGAAAUAAAAGCCCUAUAUGUUGGCCUAGUUGAUCGGGCGCCCUUAAGAUAUAGAAGAAGAAGAAGAAAUAAAAGCCCUAUAUGUUGGCCUAGUUGAUCGGGGGCCCUUAAGAUAUAGAAGAAGAAGAAAAAAAAAGCCCUAUAUGUUGGCCUAGUUGAUCGGGGGCCCUUAAGAUAUAGAAGAAGAAGAAAUAAAAGCCCCAUAUGUUGGCCUAGUUGAUCGGGGGCCCUUAAGAUAUAGAAGAAGAAGAAAUAAAAGCCCUAUAUGUUGGUCUAGUUAAGAAUGCUGACCAAUGGAGAAUUACAGUGAUAAAUAUGACAUGUAUAACUAGAUCAUAAUUUUUAUUUGUGAAAUAAAGUUCAUCUCAUUUUAAUAUAUUAUGUAUACUUUUUUGGCUUUGGAUCAGCGGUUCCCAACCAGUGAGUCGCAACCACUUUUUGGCUUAACAAACCUUACACAGGGGUCGCCUAAGACCAUCGGGAAACACAUAUUUAUGAAGUAGCAAUGAAAAUAAUUUUAUGGUUGGGGGCGGGGGGUCACCACAGCAUGAGGAACUGUGUUAAAGGGUCGCGACAUUAGUAAGGCUGAGAACCACUGCUUUAGAUGAUCAGAAGGAGAGUGUGCCUAUAAAGUUAAAAGUAUGUUUGUUUUCUCUUCGGUUACAGGAGCAUGUAGGUGAGCUACAUGUGGCUCUCAUGUACCUGCCCACAGCAGAGAAACUCAGUGUCAUGGUCCUCAAUGCACGGAAUCUCAUACCUCUCGAGGGAGCCAAGAGAAGCAUUGGUCAGUUCAGAGAUCUUCGCUUGUUCUACUCUGUGUUUAUGAUUUUUCAAAUCUCAGCAUUUUCUAAAUAAACCAAUGGAUCAUGUCAAUCAUAGCCAUGCAUUUCCAUCACUUGAUUUAAUAAAAAGAUAAUUUUAUAAAUUUAAUUAAUUAGAAACUCAUUAUCUUUUUAAGAUACAAUCAAAUAAUUACAUUUUUUCACAUUGUGUCAACAUUAUAUCAGUGUUUUCUCAACAUUUUUUCAACAUUAAGUCAACAUUUGGUCAGCAUUGUAUUAAGAUUGUGUGAAAAUUUGUUCAGCGUUAUGUCAGUAUUGUGUCAGCUUUGUGUCAACAUUUUGUCAACAUGUAUCAACAUUGUGUCAUCAUUGUUUCAGUAAAUUUUUAUUUAUGUAAAUGUGCAUUAAUGCUGCCCCAAAUGAAAUAAUAUAUUUUGGUCUUGCCUAUCCCUCAGAAAUCCAUGCUAAAAUUACUCUUAUGUACGAUGGUCGUCCUCUGAAGAAGACAAAGACUACUGGGAAAGGAAGUGAGCUGAAUCCUGUAUUUAACGAAACCUUUGUAUUUGACGUACCUGCGUAUCAACUGGACAAAGUCUAUUUCAGCAUUGCCAUCAUUGGUGUCAACAAGGUAAAUGAACCUUUGUUUUUGAUGUACCAGCAUAUCAGCUGGAGCUGGGCAAAGUCUAGUUCAGCAUUGCGAUCAUUGGUGACAAGGUAAAUGACAUCUCGCAGAUUUUUUUCAACUGACCAAAAAACUGUAAAGUUGGUAGCGUUACAUUAAUAUCAUUGAAUUGGUCUUGAAACAAAGAAUGGAUCAAGUCAACAUCAAUUAUUUAAAUGUAUAAACUGUGCAUAUAAGUAUGUAUAGAUCGAAAGUAUGUAUUUAUACUCUUGAUCUUAUUUUACGUCCUGUCUUUAGGACAAAGAGGACGGACGCCAUUUACUGGGACGGUUGUACCUUGGUGUGAACUUUGACCCUGAUGCUAGAGCCCAGUGGCUGGAGAUGGUCAACAAUUCAAGAAAACAGGUGGGCUGCUGGCAUAAGCUUCAGAGUUGAUUGUAAAACAUUGACCAGUUCAAGUGGACAAAGGAAAGGGAAGCUCACCCAAUGACCAGUUGAAGUGGACAAGGGAAGGGGACGCUCUAAGUGUGUGAAAAUAUGAUUGAACCAAAUCAUUAAAGUGGGCUUAAAGUGACAGAAAUAAUUGCAAAGGAUUUUACUUACUUUAACACUCAAAAUGAUUAUAAUUUGAAGUAUUGUCUUAAUACAGUAGUUUAACACCUUUUUUUCCUCAUAAUCUUCACGGUCUCAAUAACCUGAUUAAUCAUCAUUGUCUUAGGAAUGCUUUUAAUAGAAAUGAUGAUUGCAAGGUUACAAGAUCUAAGUUUUUUCCACACUAUUUGUUUCCCCUCUUCCUGUUGUCUUUAACAAUUUUACUAAACUACCUAAACUACUGAGCAAAGUUUUGAGAUCAGAUUAAAAUGUAAAAAGAUAUAUAUUGUAGUUAAACAAGAUUACAUUAAUAAGUAAAAUUCUAACUCAACUAGGAAAGAUUCAAUUAAAUUAUUUAAAGCAAACAAUAAGUUUUGUUAACAUUUUAAAAGGAAAUAAUUUAAGAAAAAUAACUAUUAUGUUGGUAUGUUGAUGUCUCUUAGUGUUUGAAGCUUUGAGUUGCUUUUAAAAAUCUAAUUUCAUUUUGAUGAGUUUCAAGAUUAAUGAGACAAUACUUCUCAGGAAAUGGAACUUUUAAGUCCCAUAAACAAUCAUUUGUCCAUGAAUAGUAAAACAAAUUAAAUUUUUUCAAAAAGAAUAGAAGCCUUAAAUUUAACAAUUCAAACAAUAAAUUAAGUGUAAAAUAAUACAUUAUUAAAAAGUAACUUUAAUUCUAACCAUUUAUUUUUAGCACUAAUAUUUUUUCUCUGCAAUAUUUCCAUAAAUAAAAGGCAAAUUUUCGCCUUACCAUCUUAAAUUGCACAUUAUGUCAAGAAACAGGUAUUACAUUUUUGAAAUACCUAACAAAAGAUGUUUAUUUCUAUUGUAGAUUUGCACAACAAAUUUCUCUUAAAUUUUCAUUUUAAGAUGAACCUUUACCCAUUCCUUUUUUACACUGAUGAUUUUUACUUUGAAGAAUGCCUAAAUUUGAAUUUUUUGUUUUAAGCCUUUGUAAUAUUGUUACAUUUAAUAAGUUUCAAGAGACCAGAUUUCGCUUUUAAUGUAAAUGAUGAGAUUCUGAAACAAAUAAUAAAGAUGUAUAAGAAAAUGAACCAAAAAUCAAUUAAAAUAAAAAUGGUUACUUUAUCAUUAUUUUAUCAGACACAUAUUUGCUGAAAUCACUGUGAUUUUUUUUAAUGUAAAAAAUUUGACACCACUUUUAACUUUACUUGCAUUACCAUGUUCAAGCAUAGUUAAAAUUAUCACAUAAAUAUCUAUAAAUAUCUACUAUGUAUAGAGGGAAGAGGACUUGUUUGUGUAAUUAUAAUUCUAUAUGUGUUUAUGUGUGUACAUUUUAUAUGAAAUAUGUUGGAUGGACAUGAAGCUCGCGCUAUGAUGCUGUGAUAAAAUGUAAAUUUUAACACUUAGUUAACACUGGUUUUGGAUCAAUUGGGCUUUUGUUGGGUGUAGACUGUUGGGCUACUUGAUGUAUGUCAUGCACAUUUACAUUCGAAGUAACAUCACUAUAUAAAAUAACCAAGAUAUAAAACUUUUUUUUCAAACACUAUAUAAUAAUUGUUAAUGAAGAGAACCAAUAUUCCAUUAUAAAUCUUUACACUGAACAGUGGUUGAUUCUUAAAAAUUUAGAAACUGGUUAAUGAGAAGCAUGGGCUCAUUAACUGUAUAAAGUUACAUGUAUAAAGUUAUGUGACAUACAAAUGAUAUGAAUAUUUUUAUUUAAAUUAACCGGAGAACACCUGCUUGUAUAUAACUUUAAAAAAAUAGUUGUAGGUCUUUAGUAAUUCAUAAGGUCUAGAGCAAUUCAUAGGGUGAAGAGUUAUUCAUACGGUCUAGAGCAAUUCAUAGGGUGUAGAUUAAUUCAUAAGGUCUAAAGUGAUUCAUAAGUUCUAGAAUAAUUCACAAGGUCUAUAGUAAAUCAUAGGUCUAUAAUAAUUUAUAAGUUCUAUAGUAAUUCAUAAAUUAUAUAGUUAUUCAUAAGGUUUAUAGUAAUUCAUCAAUCAGAUAGUAAUUCAUAAGGUCUAUUGUAAUUUAUAAACUUUGUUACUGGAGCUGGUACUGUAAGAUAAAUGUUUUUAAAUUUAUUUUUUUGAGAAAUAUUUUCUUAAGUCGUCUUAUUAGUUUCAGAAUCAACAGAAAGUUAAUUUAAAUUCUAUUAUUAUAAACUGAAAUUUUAGUGCCAUUGCUAUUACUGAGACUUGAUUGGUUCUAAUUUCUAGAAAUAUAAUUUACUAAAAUAUAUAUUGUAGUGAAAUUAUGUUUAUCAAAAUAUGUCUUCAUUAUUAUUUUUUUUUUUUCCAGACAAUGAAAUAACUAAAUAUUUUGUUACCUUGGCAAGUUUAUAUUUAUCGUUUUCUUUAAAAUACAAUAUCUUUUGUUGACUUUUUCUUUUCAUGCUUUCAAUAGCAGAAACAUAGACAUACUAUUUACACAGACAUACACUUAAUGUCAUUAAAUAUGCCAGAAUCAUUCCAUGUACUCUACUUAUAGACCAACAAUGGACUUACUAUUUACACAGACUUACAAGUAAUGUUUUAAGCAUACCAGGGCUCUCUUUGUACCUAGAGACAUAGCCCAUUCUGUAAUCUACAGUGUGCAAGUUAUUAGGCAUUAUAAAAUGGACAUAAAUCCACACAAAUAGGGAAUAAUUAAUUAAGAAGAUUUUAUAAAUUUUGAAAAUAAAUAUGAUUUCAUUAAUUUAUGAGCAUGCAUAUAUUGCGACAAUUUUUACCAAAUGUACCAGUAUCUAUUGUUUUAUUUGCCUUUGAUGUAAUUAAUGCAUCAGCUGGGCUGUCAAUGUGGGAAUAUGGAAUUGUAAAUAGCCAAUGUUUUUUCUCAUGUUUUAACUUACACAUGUGCACAUAUUGAUUUGUAAAUGAAUAAAACCAACACAAAUUACUAGCAAUAAAAUAAAAAAGUUGUUUUUAGAGAUUGAA